AUGCGUUUGUUGGACCAGGAUUUGGAGGAUAUGGAUAUGAAGAUCGAUGAGAUGACAGACGAUAUAGAAUAUGAGGAUUAUUUGGAUGAAUUGGAUGCGAUGGAGGAGGAGGAGGCGAAGAGACAAACUGCUCAACUUCCGGAGGCGCCGACGACCAUGCCGAAGGUGAAGGAGGUGAAAAUGAAGGAGAAGGAGAGAGUGGCGGAACUUAAUUGGAUUGUUUGUUGGAUACGAGCAAAGAGAAACGAGAUGGGAGAGUUGGGUAAAUGA